UAUUGCGACACGGAGUCUCACGUACCGAAACCAAAGCCGAAAGCCUUCCCAUUCAGCAUAAAUUUCCUCGCAUCUAUUUAUAUGUUUCUUCUACUUCUUCUUAUUCCUCUUCUUCUUCUUAGCGAUCAAGUACCUGAACUAACUUUUCCUCGUCUCCUCAGAGAUCUGCUCACUCUUUUUGCUUGCAUAGUUUUCCCGAUAAAAUCUUUGAGCCAUAGAGAAACUUGUUGCGUUUGGUGGAGAUGAAGAGAUUAAAAGAUGACCUUUACGCUGGUCCUUCUCAAUUCAAGCGGCCAUUCGGUUCUUCGCGUGCGGACUCCAAUGGGCAAUCUCAAAUCCCAGGGGUUGGAGGAGGAGGUGGUCUUAGCGGUACCUCGCAGAAACUAACAACUACUGAUGCCAUGACAUAUCUUAAGGAAGUGAAGGACAUGUUUCAAGACCAGAGGGAAAAAUAUAACAUGUUCCUUGAGGUCAUGAAAGAUUUUAAGGCGCAAAGAACCGACACUGUUGGCGUCAUUGCAAGAGUAAAGGAAUUAUUUAAAGGGCAUGAUAACUUGAUUUUAGGGUUUAACACCUUCUUGCCAAAGGGCUAUGAGAUAACCAUUCAUGACGUAGAUGAGACUCCUCCACCAAAGAAGACGGUUGAAUUUCAAGAAGCUAUCAGCUUUGUGAACAAAAUAAAGAAACGCUUUCAAAAUGAUGAACAAGUUUAUAAAACAUUCCUGGACGUUCUGAAUAUGUACCGGAAGGAGCACAAAGACAUAACUGAGGUUUACAAUGAGGUUGCCACACUUUUUGAUGAUCAUUCGGAUUUGCUUGAUGAGUUCACAAGAUUUCUUCCAGAUUCCGCACAUAAUGCUCCACAUCUCCAAAACUCAUUUCUGCGUGUCAAUGAGCGGAGCUCAUCCACACCAACUGUGCGGCAAAUGCAUAUGGACAAGCAACGUAUUCGACGCGAUAGGAUUAUUACUUCCCAUGUUGAUGGUGAUCUUAGUGUUGAUAAUCCUGAGCUGGACGAUGACAAAGCAAUGGUAAAAAUGCACAAGGAGCAGAGGAAACGUGCUGAAAAGGACACUAGGGAUAGGAGAAAUGGUGAUCAGGAUGAAAGAGACCCCGAUCAUGAUAAUAAUAGGGACUUCACCUUGCAGCAUUUCGCUGACAAAAGAAAAUCAGCCAGAAAAAUUGAAGUAUUUGGAACGAGCGCAAACUAUGCUUCCCAUGAGGACAGAGAUACUUUAAAGAAUACGUGCAACCAAGGAUUCGUUUUCUGUGACAAAGUUAAGGAGAAAUUGGGCAGUUCAGAUGACUACCAGGCAUUUUUGAAGUGCCUUAAUAUUUAUAGCAAAGGAAUAAUUAAAAGGAGUGAUUUACAAAUUCUGGUGACUGAUUUAAUUGGAAAAUAUCCGGAUCUUAUGGAUGGGUUUAAUGAUUUACUGGACCGCAGUGAGAAUAUUGAUGGGUUUCUUGCUGGUGUUAUUGGUAAAAAAUCAUUGUUUAAUGAUGGCUAUCUACCCAGUUCACUGAAGGUAGAAGACAGGGAUAAAGAGCACAAGCGUGAAACUGAUGGAGCUAAAGAAAAGGAAAGAUAUAGGGAGAAGUAUAUGUAUAAAUCCAUUCAAGAGCUUGACCUCUCCACUCGUGAGCGUUGUACUCCCAGCUACAGGCUUCUGCCAGAUGAUUAUCCAAUACCAUUUGCAAGCCAAAGGUCAGAGCUUGGUGCUCAAGUAUUGAAUGAUCAUUGGGUAUCGGUGACUUCCGGAAGUGAGGACUACUCUUUUAAACAUAUGCGCAGAAAUCAGUAUGAAGAAAGCCUAUUCAGAUGUGAAGAUGAUAGAUUUGAGCUGGACAUGUUGUUAGAGUCUGUCAGCUCAGCUGCUAAACGUGUGGAGGAAUUGUUGAACCGUGUCAAUGAAAAUGACGUCAAUUUGGAGACUCCUUUCCAUAUUGAAGAUCACUUCACAGCUCUAAAUCUAAGGUGUAUUGAACGUUUAUAUGGUGACCAUGGGCUUGAUGUAAUGGAUAUAUUGCGAAAAAAUCCCACUGUUGCACUACCUGUCAUACUAACUCGCCUAAAGCAGAAACAAGCGGAGUGGACAUGCUGCCGCACUGAUUUUAACAAGGUUUGGGCUGAAAUCUAUGCCAAAAACCACUACAAGUCACUUGAUCACCGCAGCUUCUAUUUCAAGCAACAAGAUUCAAAGAACUUGAGCACAAAAUCUUUGGUAGCUGAGAUCAAGGAAUUGAGGGAGACAAAGCAAAAAGAGGAUGAUUUUCUUCUGGCUAUUGCUGCUGGAAACAGGCAACCUGUAGUUACACAUCUGGAUUUUGAAUACUCCGAUAUCAGCAUUCAUGAAGACUUGUAUAAACUUGUCCAAUACUCAUGUGAAGAGGUUUGCUCAACUAAAGAACAGGUGAAUAAAGUAAUGAGGCUUUGGACUACCUUCUUAGAGCCAAUAUUGGGUGUUCCUUCUCGGCCUCAUGACAUAGAGGGUACUGAAGAUAUUGGAAAAUCUAAGCGUCAUCCUAUGAAUUGUACUGUGUCAGGCAUAGGAGAAAGUGAUGGAAGUCCUAUUGGUGAUGCCAUUAUGAUGAAUUCUAAGCAACCAAAAGCUGGUAGUAAUGAGAUGGAAAGCACUUUGUCAGAACUAGCAAAAUUUUGUGGGACCAUGGCAAAUGGGGACUUGGCUAAAGAAAAUAAUUAUCUCAACGCCAAUAAUUUCUGUAGAGAUGAUGCUGAUUGUAAUACUCUUUGGCCAGUCAAAGAGCAGAAGGAUAAAAAUGUGACUGAUAAAAUGUCAGGAUUAACUGCACAAGUUGCCUUUGGUGAACAAAUAGCCAAAUCUAAUGCAUCUUUUGCAACUGGAGCAGAAAUUAGUCAUGGAAAAACCAGCUUGGAGGUGACUCCAGGUUUUGGUGCAACUCCAUCCAGACUACUUCACACUGUCAUUCAAGACGACCAUGUAUCCAAAGCUAAUGCUGUUGUUGUACCUUCAUCUGAGGGAGAUGCUGGUUCCGAACUCGUUUUAUUGACAAAUGGAUUGAUUAGCGAAGGCACCAAUCUCAACAGAUCUCGUGAAGCAUCAGCUAGACCCUCGAAAAUUGAAAAAGAAGAGGGCGAGUUAUCGCCUAGUGGUGAUUUUAAGGAGGAUAAUUUUGUUGUCUUUGGAGAAUCUAUUGAACUGGCUCUGCCUAAGGCUAAAAAAAGCAGGCAAUACCAGGCUGGGAAGGGAGAAGAGAUAAAUUGUCAGGAUGCUGGAGGAGAAAAUGAUGCAGAUGAUGACAACAGUGAAAAUGCUUCUGAGGCUGGUGAAGAUGCCUCAGGCAGUGAGUCUGGUGGUGAUGAGUGUUCCAGAGAUGAGCAUGAAGAGGAGGAAGAUGUUGAUCGUGAUGACGUUGAUGGUAAGGCUGAGAGUGAAGGUGAGGCUGAGGGGAUGGUCGAUGGACAUGUUGCUGGAGGGGAUGGCAAGCUGCCAUUUUCAGAACGGUUUCUUUUGUCUGUGAAGCCUCUCUCAAAGCAUGUGCCUGAGGCAUUUCUUGACAAAGAAAGAAUAGAUUCUGGAGUUUUUUAUGGGAACGACAACUUUUAUGUACUUUUCAGGCUUCAUCAAGUACUGUAUGAAAGGAUAUUAUCAGCAAAAAUGAAUUCGACAGCUGCUGAAAUGAAAUGGAAAAUUUCAAAUGAUGCUAGUUCACCAAAUCUCUAUUCCAGAUUUAUGAGUGCACUGUACAAUUUGCUUGAUGGAUCUGCUGAAAAUGCAAAGUUUGAGGAUGAAUGCCGAGCUAUCAUUGGAAACCAUUCAUAUGUGUUAUUCACAUUGGACAAGUUAAUCUAUAAAUUAGUCAAACAGCUUCAAACUGUUGCAACUGAUGAGGUAGACAAUAAGCUUCUUCAAUUAUACGACUAUGAAAAAUCCCGGAAGCCUGGGAAGUUAAUUGAUUCUGUAUAUUAUGAAAAUGCACGUGUCCUCCUUCAUGAGGAAAAUAUAUAUCGUUUGGCAUGUUCCUCUGCCACCUCCCGGCUGUCUAUCCAGCUGAUGGACAGUGGGAGUCAAAAGCCCGAGGUGUUUGCAGUUUCCAUGGAUCCUAAUUUUGCAGUUUAUCUGCAUAAUGAUUAUCUGUCAGUAUUUCCUGGGAAAAAGGAGCCACGUGGAAUUAUGCUGCAAAGAAACAAGCAAACAUAUGCGAGCGUAGAUGAAUAUUUUGCUUCAUGCAUGGCCAUGGAAGGUACCCAUACAGUCAGUGGUUUGGAGUGUAAGAUAGCUUGCAAUUCGUCAAAGAUCUCCUAUGUUCUGGACACAGAGGAUCUCUUCUUCCGUCCCAGAAGGAAUAGAAGAAAUUCAUCUAGAGGCACGUCUUUGACCCGUGCUGAGGCAAGAGUACAACGGUUCCACAGAUUCUUGUCGUCAUCGUAGCAGUCCUUUAUGUUCCACUUGGACACUCAAGGUCAUUGGCGUGAUGAAACCCAGACAAAGCUUCUUUGGGGAACAUCAUUCUUGUACACUUAUUUGCCAAAUGACAAUUGAAGGGAAUGGCUCGGGAAAUGGAGUAUGUCGUGACUCAUGAGGUCAAAUGUGUGAGAUUUAAGCCAAUGUAAAUAGCGUUGAUGCACAAGUACAAAUCAUGUUAUUGCUCUUUUUUGUAGAUAGGUAACACUUCUUCCAUGGGAAAUAGCAAAAUUCACAUUUGAUAACCAUUGGCCGAGAGGUGGAUACAAGAUAUGGGGAAAUAGCAAAAAUCUUUCAGCUUUAGAGACCCGGUUAAAUUUUUUUA